AUUUUUGCUGGCCACUCGGCAGCGUUCUCGAAGGCGACCAGAGCCAUGACGGAACCGGCGAUGAUGGCCAAGUCGCUCAGCACGGUGCUCUUGCUCGGGCAGAUGGGACCGAGCAUGGAGCGCAGCCUCGAGGCGCCGACACCGGGCUCGCCAGCCUCGGCGAAAGACCGCAAGGACGACGUCGCUCUCUUGAUUGCAACGUCAACCGCCGUGCUCUCGACGAUCCAGGUCCUCCGACGCAUCAUUCGUGAAAACGCCUAUGGCCGCGUCGGCCGCGAACUCCAGCACCUCUCGCUCACCGUCGCGUCCUUUGAGCGUGUCUUGUACAGCUUCAUCAAGGAAGAGGUCAUUUGCAACCCGCGCCUCGACUACCGCGACAAGCAAGCGCUUAAAGACAUCAUUCCGCUCAUUCCCAUGGACAAGCGGCAUGCGAUCUUGGCCGGCGGCGUCGCGUCCUUGCUGCGGCAUGUCACCGUGUCGAUGGAGGAUACCAAGGACGUCCUCCUUCGCCUCUCGCACAACUACGAUCCGUUCUGGGAGAACCGGUGGUCCGCGACGCCGUUCGUCGUCACGGCCAUCUUCUUUUACAUGGCGCGCAAGCGCUUCGUGCACCGCGAGUCGUUCCGGUCCAUCUUGCUCACGUUUCUGCCGUCAUUGCGCCAUGUCGAGGCCGGGAUCCUUGGCCUCAUCUGCUACGACUAUGCGUGGCGGCUUCUCUACCGCUUCUCGAAACUGCGCCAGCUCAAGGUGCACCACUCGCGCGUACUCAUGACGCUCCGCCUCUUCCUCCUCUGCCAGCACGUGCUCGACCGCACGCGCUUGAACCGGUCCAAGUCGCAGCGUCUCCUCAUCGACGCGCCCAUGGAGGCCGACAUCAACGACCACCUCAAGUCGGCCAGCGUCCUCCUCAUCGAGCGCGUGCCGCUGCCGUCCGAGAUCUACGACCGGUCGCACGAACACGUCGGGCUCACGGCCUUCAAAGCCGGCACGUCUGUGCUCCUCGCGUCUGCGGCGACCGCGCGCUGGCUCGUCGGCGACCGCCUCUUCCCGUACCUCGGGCCGUACCUCUCGGCCGCGCUCGUGCCGUACUAUGGCGUGCGCUUCAAGAAAGCGUGUCGGUACGUCACGCGGCUCCUCAUGGACAACCCGGACGUCGACACGAUCCGCAUGGGCUGGCGGCUCUUUGGCGAGUCCUUCCUUGCGAUCCGCAUUGCGCUGCUGCAGUCGCCCAAGCUCGCGGUGCGGCACCAGAUCUUUGUCAACGCGCACGGCGUCGCCGCCGGGCGCUACCAGCGUGACGUUACCGACAUUGGCAUCCGCGUCUUUAGCGCGCGCUCGAUGGAGCACGUCAAGAACGGGACGUGGCCGUCGACGCUGCCGGCGAACCUCGCAGCCAUUGGGCUGCCGUAUGCGCGGCCGGUGCUGAUUUACAUCCACGGCGGUGGCUUCUUCGGGCGGUUCCUCGCCAAAGACCUCUUCAACUUGAGCGAGUGGGCCGUCGCGCUCGGUGCUGUCAUUGUCUACAUUGAUUAUGGCUUGGCGCCCGAGAUGCAGUACCCGCACUCGCUCCACCAGUGCUUCACCGUGUACAAGUGGGUCCUCGAUGGCGGGCUUGGGUUCGUCCCGUCCAGCAUUGCGUUUUUUGGUGAAAGCGCCGGGGGCAACCUCGCGGCCGCGCUCACGGUCAAGUGCACGCUUGAGAACGUCCGGCUACCCAACGGCAUCCUCCUCGUGUACCCGGCGCUCAACAUGAACAUGUCGCCGUCGCCGUCGCGCUUUCUGCACCAGAGCGACCCGGUGCUGCCGCGUGCGAUCCUCGAGCUCGCGCUCAAGUCGUACAACCCGGCGCACGGGCACGACGCCGAGUAUAAGGACAACAUCCACGACCCGAUGGUGUCGCCUGGCCUCGCCAACGACACGAUCCUCUCGCAGUUCCCGCACACGACGCUCAUGGUCGGCGACCUCGACCCGCUCCUCGACGACAGCAUUGACUUCCACACGCGCCUCUCCAGCCUCCACGUGCCCGGUGCGCUCAAGGUGCUGCCCGACCUCACGCACGGCUUCCUCAUCUACGGCGACCUCGUGCCUGCGGCCCAGCGCGCGAUUAACGACAUGCGCGAUACCAUCUUUGGUAUCUUCAAGCGCGGCCUCGACUAAGUCAUUACAUCCGUUCGUAUGGGAACAAGGAAGUAUUGUCAGC